GCAACGGCCUAGGUAGCAAAACGUUCAGUUUAUGUGAAAGCAUCGUACCGUAACGAUUACCGCACAGGGCCAGUGUUUGAUAAGAUUACCCAUCCUCCUUCAGAACGUUGUUGGCCCAGUGUGGGCCUUCCUUCAUCACAACCUAUCGAGGGCAAUGGUAAAGCUUCGGCAAACCAACGGGCUACGAUUAGCACUGAUCGUCAGCUGUGUCUGUGGCACACUAGCAGCUACUGAACCACCGGUAGUGAAGAUAGAGAAUGGUCCAAUUAUUGGCGAAGAUCGUGGAGACUAUGUCGCCUUCGAAGGCAUCCCUUACGCGAAACCUCCCAUCGGCGAGCGUCGAUUUGCUGCGCCGGUGCUCAACGACGAGACGUGGAGUGAGCCACGCAACACAUCCAGCCUUGGCCCGUUCUGCAUGCAAUGGAGCCAUUCGAUCAAGGGAAAGGAUAAGCUGUUCGGCGAGGAAGACUGUCUGUACCUGAACGUCUACACGACCUCACUGCAGGAAUCGGCCACUCGGGGUCUGUCAACGCUGCUCUACAUCCACGGCGGUGCGUUUAUGUUCGGGGGCGGUGGAUUCUUUUCCCCCAAGCACGUCCUGCGCAAACCGAUGAUCAUGGUCACGUUUAACUAUCGGGUCGGUCCGCUCGGUUUUCUCAGCACCGAGGACGAUGUGAUACCGGGUAACUUUGGGCUAAAAGAUCAGGUAACGGCCCUGCAGUGGGUAAAGCGAAACAUCCAUCACUUCGGUGGUGAUCCGAACCGGGUUACGCUGGUUGGCUUUUCUGCCGGUGGUGCAAGCGUCCAUCUCCACUACCUGUCGCCGAUGUCGCGUGGACUGUUUCAGAACGGAAUUGCCCACAGCGGUACCGCCCUUAAUCCGUGGGUGAUGGUAGAAGAUUCCGCUCGCAAAGCGCUGCAGAUAGCGCAGGGUUUGGGUUGUCCGGUAGAGGAUCGAUCGAGCAGCCAAGCGAUACUUUCAUGUUUGCGCGAUCGCCCGGCAGAAGAUAUCGUGCGACAGGUGCCCUUUCUGCUGGACUAUCUGUACAAUCCGUUCUCACCGCUCGGGGUAGUGAUCGAGAAGCAGAGCAAGCUCAACCGACGCCCAUUCUUAGCCGAACAUCCGGCGGUACUCUCACGGAAGGGCAAAUUAACGAAAGUUCCACUGAUACUGUCGGUAACGCAGGGUGAAGGUUUGUAUCCGGGCGGAGAGUUUAUAAGUCAACCGGAAUACCUGCAAGACAUCGAUACGCGCUGGUACGAUCUACUGCCAAGCAUUUUGGACUACAAAACUGCCGUGCCGGACGUGAAAAGGCGAGACGAGCUAUCGAAAGCGAUCAGCGAUCGUUACUUCGGACCCGAGCGCAAACUUUCCUUGGACAACUUUCGGGAUUUUGUAUCGAUUCUAUCGAACCGCUUGUUCUUUGCCGGUGUCACAAAGACGGCAAAACUUCUGCAACCACACAUGCCGGUUUAUUUCUACUACUUCAACUUUAAGACGAAGUACGGCAUCGGUGAGCUUAUGUCCGGAACGAGCGAAAACUAUGGUGUAGCACACGGCGAGGACGUUCUGCUCGUACUUCCGUCCGGCAUGCGGGACAACGUUCCACUGAGCAAGGCAGAGCGGCGCGUCAUUUCCAACUUCGUAACGCUCUACGACACAUUCACGCAAGGACUGGAGCCCAAAUAUGGUGGCUAUGUACUUCCGGUGCAAAACAUCACCGGAAAGCUGCAGUACAUGGAGGUGAAGGAACCGGACUGUGAGAUGUGCGGCCUGCCGAAGACGGCGUACGGUGUCGGGGAUGAACAGUUCUGGGACACGCUAGACUUUAACGAUGAACCACCGCCGCAGCGAAAGGUUGUUCAACGCGACCAGCCUCACACCGAGCUGUGAUGGUGGUGGCAUAUUACAUCAUGCUCUUUAGAAACCGGACCAUGUCCGCCAAACCAUGCUCUCGAACCAAUGAAAUGUAAUUAGACGAUAACCGGGGACGCUGGGAAGUUGUAGACGCAAAUAAGCUAACGAGGGCAUUGUCUUAUCAAAUAAAAACAGCGCCCCGUAUGUUGGCCGUUACUGUUUA